AUGGCAACACCAAACCGCGCCCGCGGCCGCAGCUUCCAACGCGUCGACCGCGCCCAAAGCAUCCUCUCAGACUCCCAAGCUUCAUUCCACACACCGCGUCCCACGCCCCCACCGCCACCCACGCGAAGCGGGCGCGGCGUACGCGCCAACAGCACCGUCAGCGAUGCGCCCUCCUUGCUCGAACAAGACACGCCUGGAAAGUCCGCGCGGAAAGAAGCAGCAGCCGCGAAAUUAUCCUUACACUACCACUUCGCGCCCUCCAUCCCGAAUCCGUUUGCAGGCACGCUGGAGGCGGGUUUGGAUGCGAUACAAGUCUGGAGCCGUAUUCACAGUAAUCUUGGAACGAAGGGACUGCAUCCGCUCAUUGAUACUUUACUCCGGCCUGUGGAUAACAAGACGGACUGGCCUGCUCUGUUCAGCUUGCUUGAAGACCGCCCAGCUGGUCGUUUCCGGUAUCUGUGCGAGGAGGCACUUUUCCUGGUCACGCGGACGUUGCUGCCGGAGGGGAUUGUGCAGAAUAGGGCGCUUAUGGCUAGGCUUUAUGAUCGGAAGAAACAGCUUGCAAUGCGGUUGGUGCUGCGGUAUGAUAUGUUGAGGGAGUGGAAGAUGGAGCAUGGGGCGACGGGUCGCGAGAUGCCUGUUGCGGUUGCGUCGGUGCCGCCGACGGGGGUGGCGGCGCCUGAUCCGGUACCCGUUCCCGCAUAG